GACAACUGUUUACUUUUCAUUGGUUGAAAUUUUUUUCAGAGGAAAACGAAAAUCAUUGGAUUUCAUUCGUCCGUCAAGCAACAAGAAUUGGUUUUUCCAUUCCUCAAGGAAGAAAUAGUUAAAUAGAACUAGCAUAAUAUAGAAGGAAUUAAACUCAGCAAUAAAAAUAUAUUUAAGUCAGAGUGAGAUGGCUCCGGUUAGGCGUAAUGUGUUAAUAUCAUGUGCCUUACUGGUUCUAUUAGGGACUGCUUCCGUAAGUACUGCUGCGGAAGACUCUGAGGAUGGCGUCACAGUUGAGACUGAAGAUGAGGACCAAUACCAUAGUCCACAAGUGAGCCCAAACAAAGUGUACCUCGCUGAGCACUUUGAUGAUGAGAACUCCUUCAAGAAGAAGUGGGUUAAGUCUGAGGCCAAGAAACAGGGUGUUGAUGAAAACAUUGCAAAGUAUGAUGGUAAAUGGGAGCUACAAACUCCUACUCGGAAGAUCUUCAAGGGUGAUAUGGGUCUGGUGCUCACGACGGAAGCCAAGCACGCAGCCAUCUCGGCACUGCUCAAUAAGCCCUUCGAGUUCAAUGACAGACCUUUGGUCGUGCAGUAUGAAGUUACCAUGCAGGAAGGGCAGAAUUGUGGCGGUGCAUACAUCAAACUCCUAUCCAAAGGGACCAACACCAAAGCUGACUUGCAGAAGUUCCACGACCAGACUCCGUACACCAUCAUGUUUGGUCCGGACAAGUGUGGCAACGAUAACAAGUUGCAUUUCAUCUUCAGACACAAGAAUCCGAAGAAUGGUACCGUUGAGGAGAAGCACAGCAAGAAACCCAGCCAACGCCUAGAUGACAUUUACAAGGACAAAGAGCCGCAUCUGUACACGCUCAUAGUUCGUCCGGACAACACGUUCUCCAUCAUGGUGGACAACAAGGAGGUGAACGCUGGCUCGCUGCUGGAGGACUUCACCCCGCCCGUCAACCCGCCGGAGGAGAUCGACGACCCUGAUGAUAAGAAGCCUGAUGACUGGGACGAGAGGGAGAAGAUUGUAGACCCAACAGCGACCAAGCCCGAGGACUGGGAUGAAGAUGCGCCCGCGCAGAUUGUGGACCCCAACGCUGUCAAACCGGACGGGUGGCUCGACGACGAGCCGGAGAUGAUUCCUGACCCCGCAGCGGUGAAGCCUUCAGACUGGGACGAAGACAUGGACGGCGAGUGGGAGGCGCCGCUGAUUGAUAACCCCAAAUGUACCGCAGCGCCCGGAUGCGGCCAGUGGAAACCGCCCACCAUACCCAACCCCAACUACAAGGGCCCGUGGCGCGCGCCGCUGGUGGCCAACCCGCACUACCGCGGGCGCUGGGCGCCGCGCCGCGUGCGCAACCCGCACUACUUCCGCGACGACCGCCCCUACCGCAUGACGCCCAUCCACGCUGUCGGAUUCGAACUGUGGUCCAUGUCGCCGAUGCUGCUAUUCGACAACCUGAUAAUCACCGACGACGUGGCGGUCGCUGAACAGUGGGCGAUGCAAUCCUUCGCGCUCAAGAAGGCCAAAAUAUCCAGGGAUUCGGACUCCGUGGUGGAGCGAGCGUUGAAGUUCGCUGGCGAGAACCCCUGGAUAUACGCGGUGGUCAUCAUUGGCAGCUUCAUCGUGGUCGGGUUCCUCGCGUAUAUGUGCUGUGGACCUAAAUCUGACUCAGAUGGUGAUUUAAAAAAGAGUGACGGUGUAACGGAAGACGACCCGCAGCAGUCGGAGGGCGAGGCGGAGGCGGAGGCCGGGGCGGAGGCCGGGGCGGAGGCCGGGCGGCCGCGCAAGGCCGACCUCGACGCCGAGCCGGAGCCCGACGAAGUGGACACCACUCCACUCGUGGACACAGAUGGCGCUGGCGACGGCCACAGGAAACGGAAGCCGCGCAAGGAGUAACAUAACUAGUUGUUCAAAUGAUUUCGUCAGUGCGAGGUACAUUUGUAGUGUAUUAUUUCUUACUUUGUUCAAACUACCCCCUCUUUUUGCUUUUCCGCCCUUUUGGAACUUUCUUUUUUUUAUUCACUUGUUUUACAGUUUUAUUUUUAGAUGGACAUCUUGAAAUUUCAUGUCGAUUUUUUUUUUUAAAUUUCUGCCAAAUGUUAAUUAUGAUUGUUUGUUUUUACUACGAAUAUGAGUCGAAGUAAGAUAACUUAUAGAAAAACUUUACGAAUUUCUUUAUAUUUAGCGACAGAAUUUUAGAAUUUGAUAUAAUUUUGUAACAAAAUUUAGCUUUGUGUGUAAACGUUCAAAAUAUUAUUAUAUAUGGUAGAUGAAUUUGUAUUCUUGUCCUAAACCACAUUCAAUUAAUUUUAUUAUCAAUUCUUCAAUUCAAUGCAAUAUUAUUUGAUCUUAACUGAACCAUUUGAUUUGAAAUGUUUUCCAUAGUCAGAUUUGAAAAUACCGUGCCUAAAUUUCGAUAAUUAGUAUUUAAUUAUUGUGUUCAUUGAGUAGUGAUUAUUAAUUACAAUAUACUAAAUUAAUAUUUAAAAAUUCAAAUUACUACAAUUCGUUUCAAUCACAAAAAUUAAUUAAACGUCGAUCCAUAGCGUUUUCCCUUAUUAAUUGUACCAGCAGACAAGUAAACAAAUGGAUUAAUUGUGACUCUUAUUAUACCUAAUUACUUAAAGAUUUUUGUCAUAAAACUGAAAGCCACGAGUGUAAAGAUUUCUUUGCUAUAUAUUUUUUUAAAUUGCUUUUUUCUUUCCUGCCAAAGAGACCAGUGUUUAUGUUGUAACAACACAUGAACAAAAUGUGAACGUAGUUUUUUUUUUAAUAAUUUCGUUAAUAGUACAGAAUGGAUAGAUAUCAGCUGAUUGUAAGAUAUUGUUUUUGGAGAAUAUAGGUUAUUUUGUGCCAGUGCUGGUUUUUUUAAAAUUAGGUUCAUUGCAUUUUUUUUUCUAUCGUAAAAAGCGUGAACAUUCAUGUCUAGAACGCAUUUUAAGUGUGUGAUGUGUAGUUUAAGAUAUAUUUUCUAAAUUGUUAGUUUCAUGUAGCUGUAACAUGACACGCGCGACGCCGUUUUUAACGCGCCAAAAACAAUCGCUGUUUCGCUUUUUUUUUUAUAACGUCGAAACUUGACAGCAAAAGAUUUUCGCGCGAUGAAAACGGCGUUGCGCAUGCCGUGCUCAGUGGACUGAUGACUUACGAUUUCAAUAACUUUAAAAUUAAGCUUUAUAACCAAAGCAAUAGGGAACAUUAAGGUACUGGCCCGAAAUGGAUUUGUAUUAUAUUAUUACAAAUAACAUUAUAACAUAAUAUAUUGAUUGUGUAAUGGGUCAUGCUUACCACAUCACUCGAGUAUAUUAAAAUUUCUUCUUCUCUAUAUUUAUAAGACGCAGAUCAAUUUUGAAUUGAUCAAAUGCCUAUAAUAUAAUUUAUAAUUUUCUUUCUUUAUACAUUUUUAUUAUUAUGUCUGUAAUUUAAAAAAAAAUAAGAAAAUAACUUAGACAUAUUGCAUUUACUAUGAAGUAAAGUUAUGGAAAGCAUGACCUUAUUAUAUACUACCUUGUAAGGUAACUGGUAUAAAAUAUAAUAUGUAUAAAAUAUUUAUUUAUAUUUGUCUCUAUGCAUUUUUGUUCGUAUGUGCGUGUGAGUGAUUAGGUACAAGUUAAUGGACUGUAAUUAAACAUUAAUAAAUAAAAUAUUUAUA